UUGAGGACAGGAAGACAAACAUGAAACGGAAGAACGGAAGCCUGACAUGAAAAGACGGUUGUGGCAUAUCAGUUGCUCAACUGUCUCGACAAGAUGUUUGCAGCUGUGCUGUUUAUAACAGGGAUUUACACAGCAUUGGGAUUUAAUAUAUACACAGUGCCAGUGAGCACAUUUCAAAACAAUGACUCUCUGCUUGGUCAAACCAUUGUUCCGUCACUGGAUGGGGUUUAUGUUCCUUCUCCAAUCUCUGGAGAUGUUUUCAGAUGCAAAGAGAAAAACUGUGCUAGAAUGUAUCUUACUGAUAAAACAAAAGGCUUGAGGCCUAUCGCAUCUGUAGCAUCCAGGUUGAAGAAUGACGAGGAGCAAGAAUUCCUGGUUUGUAACCAAAUUCGGACACGGAAUUUAUCAACUGAGUAUUUCAAUGGAAACUGUACACACGUAUCUGUUAAUCAAGAAAACAGUAAAAUCUAUCCUGUUAAGUUGGUUUUAGGGCUACUGAAUUCAAAUACUACCGACAACAACAACAGCAACAGAUAUCAAGGCAGUCAGAAAUCUCAAGACAAAUGGAGGAAGAGAAGAUCUACACAGGAUUACACAAGUGAUGAAGAGGAUGAAGAGGAUGAAGAUGCAGGAACAGAGAUCGCUUUUGUGCUGGACGGCUCUGGUAGCAUUGAAGCGGAGGAUUUUGUAAGGGCCAAAGACUUUAUUUAUAAUGUGAUGAAUAACGUUUGGACAACAUGUUUCAGUUGCAACUUUGCAAUAGUGCAGUUUGGGAGAGAUAUAAGGACAGAACUCUCUUUACAAGAAAAUAAUGACACUAGUGAGGCCUUGGAAAAGGUGAAGCACAUAAAACAGCUUGGUGCAAUCACCAAGACUGCUUCAGCCCUCAACCAUGUUCUAACAGACAUUUUUGUUCCUCAAAAGGGAUCAAAAGAGAAAGCCAAAAAAAUGAUUAUUCUACUAUCUGAUGGACAAAUGUCAGGAGAUACAAGAAACCUAGGCGAUGUUUUAAACAUGCCACAGAUGGAGGGGAUUGUUCGCUAUUCUAUAGGAGUGGGGCCAGAUGUAUUGAAUAAACCAACAGCAAUAAAUGAGAUGAUAGAGAUAGCUGGCAGCAGUGAACGAUUUUUCAACGUUUCUAAUUAUGCAGCAUUGGAAAAAAUUCUUUCUUCUUUGGAAAACAGCAUCAUUGGAAUUGAAGGCUUACAGAAGGGAGCAGGAUUUGAAUUUCAGCUUGCUGAGGCUGGAUUUAGCACUCACAUUACCCGUGAUGGUUCGAUCCUGUUUGGUAUGGUGGGGGCCUAUGACUGGAGUGGAGGGGUCGUUUUGACAACAAAUAAUAAAGCUGUGACAUUUUUUAAUGCAUCCAAGGAAGAACCCAGAUUUUCCUAUUUGGGUUACAGUGUGGCAUCAGCAUAUGCAGGCUCAAAGACACUGUUUAUAUCUGGGGCUCCCAGGUACAACUUGACUGGUGCAGUAUUUAUUUUUGGGAACAAUCGAGACCUACUACAAGGAGAUCAGGUAGGGUCUUACUUUGGCUCAGUUCUCUGUGUCUUGGACAUCGAUAAUGAUAAGAAGACAGAUUACCUUCUGGUUGGAGCUCCACAUUUCCAUGUGAAAGGGGAAGAGGGCAAAGUGCUGAUUUACAAACUGAAUAAACAGGGGGAAUUUGAGAAAGAAAACUCUGAAUUGAAUGGGCUAGAAAUUCACAAACGUGCAAGGUUUGGCUCUGCCAUAGCUGAUAUUGGAGACAUUGAUGGGAACAAUUUCCGAGAUGUGGCAGUGGGAGCUCCACUUGAAGCAGAUGAUGAAGGAUGUGUCUACAUAUAUAACGGAUUUGAAGAUGGGAUAAAGAACCAGUUUUCACAGAGAAUCACACCCUCAGACUUCAGACAAAAACUUGUGCACUUUGGCCAGGCAGUGAGUGUCAUGUCAUCAGCACAAGAAAACAAACAACCACAAAUCAGUGUCGGGAGCGAAGGCACCAUAACUUUCUUUGAGACAAUUCCAGUCAUCAUUAUUAAACCAGCAAUUAAUGUUGAAACUGCAAUAAUUGAACUUGCUAAGCAGAACAAGGAAGAUUCAAGCAAAUUUACUAUGAAGCUCCAAAUUUGCUUCAAGACACCAAAAGGAGACAUUAAGGAUGGUGAACUACCGAUAGAGUACAAUAUUGAUUUGGACUAUGGUAAAGAACAAAAGCGACUGGUUUUUUACAAACCUCAAGAAGGGAGAAUGAGCUUUGCUCUGAAUAACGACCAAACCUGCACUGAUCGGAUAGAUCUGGAAUAUGUGGGCUGCUCUGACUGUUUCUCACCUAUCAAGAUUAGGGUGAAUUUUACAUUAACUCCAACCACUGCUAUGCCUUUACGGGUUCUUGAUGCAUAUUCUCCAACGGAGGCCAUAGAAGAGAUUCAGUUUAAAAAGGAUUGCAGCGAUAAAGAAUGUAAGGCUAAAAUUUCAUUGGAUGAAUCAAAACUCAGCCAAAACCUUUUAAUAAUUGGCUCCAGUCCAACUUUGGAUAUAAAGUUUAAUCUUAUGAACACCGGGGACAAUUCCUAUUUGACCACUCUGACCCUCAAGUAUCCUGAAAUGCUGUCUUUUAAGAAAUCUGAGGGUGGAACAUGUGAGGAUGAAAAUGACAGCCAUCAAAUAGUGUGUAAACUUUUGUAUCCCAUAUUCAAAAGAAAUGCACAGACCAGUGUUACCAUCAGCUGGCAGCCGAUCAACAGAAACACAAACCACACAGCUUUAAUUACUGCUCUCUUAACAGGGGGAAAUAAUGGCAGUGAGCUGCUUGAUUCUAAGACGUAUAAUUUCACAGUGAAGAAAGCCCUGGAUGUUCAGCUUAUUGGCACAGCCAUGCCAAGCAGACUAAAUAUAACAGAGGGAGAAGAAAGCAAGAAACAAUUGCUUCAUUUUAAUUUUAAGCUGCUGGGUAAAAACACAUAUAAUGCCCAUAUAUCUGUGGAAAUUACAAUUGAAAAUCAUGCAAAAAAAUCUAAAAUCAACAUCAGGAGCAUUGAACCAGAGAACUGUACAUCUGAUAGAAAGGUUAUAGGAACUUACCUGGUUUUUUGUACUAUGACAACGUUGCAUGAAAUUAACAUUAAGGCUGAAACAGAAAUCGAAGACAUUCAGGGUGCAUUUGAAAAGAUCACUGCCAACGGAGAAAUUAGAUAUGAUGAGAACAUCUAUGAUGGAAAGAAAAGUAUAACGAGACAGCAAGUAGAUGUUUCACUAGUUAAGCUGACGGUUGUGAAGUCAACUGCACUUAUAGCAGGCAGUGCGUUUGGAGGGUUUCUCCUUCUAAUCAUCAUUAUCGUCAUUCUCUUCAAGUGUGGAUUUUUCCGCAGACGCCGUAAGAUAGACCGCAAACAGAGUACACAUUCACAAUAGUGACCUGAUAAUUACUUACUGUUGUCCUUUUGAGAAGUCUACACAGAUGUUAUUAUUAUUAUUAUUACUCUUAAAAUUUUCGUAUUAAGAAGAUUGUAGGAGAGAUCCCAAAUCUUUUUAAUUUCUAAGAUCUUUAGGUGUUUUUUUUUACCUACCUGUACUUUUUUUUAAUUUAUUUAUUUGCUUUUGCUUUGUUUGCUUUGGAAACAUAGAGCCUGUUGUCAUGCUUUAUAUAAAAGUUACAUGGAAAAAAUCAAGUCACAAUUCUGUUACAUGUACAGAAUUGAGUAACAGAGCCUGUUAGCACAUGAAUGAGAAAUAUUUCAGUACAAUGAAAAGAAACCGCCAACGCUCUUUGCUUUGUCCUUAGCCUUAACGGCUCCAUUUUUUCUUUACUUCUAUCUUUUCAUUAAUUUGAAAUUAUGUGUAUUAUUUGUUUUUGUGUUUUUAAUAAUGUACAUUAUUUUUUAUGUGUUUUUAAUAAUGUACAUUAUUUGUUUAUGUGUUUUUAAUUAAUGUUUGUUUACCUAACUGGAAUAAUUAAUAUAUUUACUGUACGUUUUACUGGGAAGAUUGAAUAGAGGUUAAGUGGAGUAUCUAGGUUUUCCUGGGAAAAUGAAUAGGGGUUAAUUGUGGUUUGAGGGCGGGAAUUCUGUUCUGGUGCAAAGCCAAGCACUUGGUAUUGUAAAUAAGGGGCUGCAUUCCCCAGCCAGAUUAUUUUAGAACUUACAGUCUGAACAGUACCAAUCUGAUGCUGAUAGUCAAUAUUACUCUUUGCCUCAUUUUUUUUUUUUUGCUUUAAUAAA